AUGUUUAAUCCACAUGUAUUAGAUGUGCCAGCUGUAAUUUUUAACCAUGGUUCUAGAUUCUGCAAAGGCCUCUCUGGAGAGAUUGGACACUACCAUGUCAACAACUCCAUCUUGGGACAUCCUAAAUGCAACAUGCCUUCAGCAAGACCCAACCAGAAGUAUUUCAUGGGGCAAGAACCCUUGUACAAGUAGGAGGACUUAUAUCUGCACUACCCCAAUGAGUGUGGGCUGGUACCAGGAUGGGAUGACAUGGAGAAACUCUGAAAAUAUCUCUUUGAGUAGGAGCCCAGAAAAAAACCCAGCCAACAGCCUGUACUCAUGAUUGAGCCCUCUCAGAACCCUAGAGAAAUUUGAUAAAAGCUUGCAGAAAUGAUGUUUGAGAACUUCAGUGUCCCUGCUUUCUACCUGUCUAACCAUGCAGUGGCAGCACUUGCCUCUGCCUGUGUUACAGGCCUGAUGGUGGAUAGUGGAGAUGGGGUCACUUGCACUGUCCACAUCUAUGAGGGUUACUCCCUGCCUCGUGCAGUCACCAAGCUCUUUGUAGCAGGGAGGGACAUCAUAAAGCACCUCACCUGGCUCCUCUUUGCUAGUGGGUGUACUUUUCCUUGCAUACUCUACAAGGCUUUGGUAAAUAACAUCAACGGGAAGCUGUGCAACAUUGCCUUGGAGCCACAUAAAAAGCUAUGCAAGACCGGAGACAUCCUGAGAGAAUACAAACUGCCAGAUGGGAAUGUCGUCCACAUUGGGGACCAAAUGUAUCAAGUGCCCGAAGUUCUUUUUGCCCCUGACCAGCUGGGAAUCCACAGCCCGGGACUCUCAAUAAUGUCCUCCAGCAACAUAAUGAACUGUGACACUGACAUCCAGAAGAAAGUUUUUGCAGAGAUUGUACUGUCUGGGGGCACCACUCUCUUUUCUGGGCCAGAGGAAAGUCUCAUGAAAGAACUGGAACAGCUAGCUUCCAAAGGUACUCAUAUCAAAAUUAUGGCUUCUGUUGCUCGAUGCUUCUUUGUGUGGAUUGGUGUAUCCAUCGUGACCUCUCUGAGCAGUUUCAAACAAAUGUGGGUUACCUCUGCAGAUUUUAGUGAUUAUGGGACAUCUGUGGUUCAGAGAAUAUGCUUUUAA